AUGGAAGAGUUAUUAAAGGAAUUAGAAGAUGAAGGUUUUGAAGUUGUGGUUGGAUGGAAAGAGGAAGAAAGAAAAAAAACUAUGAGUGAAGAAAUGAAAAAAUUAAAAGAGAGUAAUGAUGAGAAAAAGAUUAAAUUAGCAAAAAGAUUAGCUAGGUAUUAUGGUAUUUUUCAUAAUAUUGGUUAUAUAACAACAAAUCCUGAUUUUCCUUUUGAAGAAGAUAAGUAUGGGUUGCAUUAUGUUUAUUGUUAUUUAGAGAAUUUUGUUGAUACAGCUAAAAUAAGUAUUACUGGUGUUAUUAAAGCUCUUGCGGAUGAUGAGCAACUAGAUCCUUUUUGUAAAUAUCUCAUGUUUACUCAUAUGUAUAUUCCAGAGCAAGUAAAAGAAAUUGAACAUGAAGAAAUAUAUAAAAGGGAAAAAAAGUUUAAAGAAGAUGAAUUACCUGGUGUUAGGAUAUUAUGAAGAUAAUAGUAUUAGGGGGUUUCCAGCAAAAAAAAUAGUAUAAACAACUAAUAAAUAGAACCAAGAUCAAGAGAAACUACUCCUACAAAAGAGGAUUUGGAUUUUAUAGUUGAUGAUGGUUAUAGACAUGAUGUGGAUCCAGAUUAUGUUCCAGAUGAAAAAUAUCUUGUUAGUGGAAAAGAGUUUUAAAAACUAGCCAGAAAUGCUAAAAAACUCGGUGCUGAAUCUCUUGAUUAUUCAUCACGAAAAAAUAACAAAUACAUGGCUACACUUCCAGGUGGAAAGAAAAUUCAUUUUGGCUCACCAAAAUAUCCAGACUACACUAUUCACAAAGAUAAAGAGAGAAGAGAUAAAUAUCUUACUCGUGCUACAAAAAUUAAAAAGAAACAGGGAGAAUUAACUUAUACUAAUCCUGAAUCGGCAAACUUUUGGUCGGUUCAUUUACUCUGGCCUAAAAAAUGAUUUAAAGAUUAACUAAAUAUUAAUAAAAUGCAGUUGUCCAGUUAUGAAAAUAUUACCCAAGAGAAUAUUAUCUUUAAUCAAGCCAAAGAAUUCAAAGUCAAAGAUAGCAAGAUCAAAUACAAACAUAUCCCAAUUGAAGUCAAAUAUCCAAAUGGAAAGAAGGGAGCUUUGGUAAUCAAAACUCCACUUCUUUUCAGCUUUGGCGUUAAUGAGAAGAAAAAUCAAGAAACAAACAAGUUAGUUGGUUAUAGUAUGCCAGUAUGUCUUUGGGCUAAAGAUAGUGAGCCGAAUACUAAAGAAAAAGCAUUUUUUGAUGUUAUUAAUAAUGUAACAACUCUCUCUCAGCAACAUUUAGAGAAUGAAUACGGUGCAGAUCUAGCAUCAACUCUAUCUUCACCAUUUUAUUUCAAACAAGAAGAAUAUACAGAUAAGAAAGGAAAGAAGAAAACAAGAAUAGAUCACUCAUCGGCACCAGUUCUCUACGCAAAACUUAUUUACUCUGAAAAAUCAAAGAAAAUUCUUUCUCAGUUUAAGACAAAGGGAAAGAAUGAUUUAAAUCCUUUUAAAUAUAUUAACCAGUACUGCAAUGUUAAAAUGGCACUUAUAAUAGAAGGAAUCUUCAUAAGUAAAACUGUUACAUCUUUACAAAUAAAAGUACAUGAGUGUUAUGUCAAACCACUCAAACCUAGAGAGUCUUUACUAACAAUUGAAGAGGAAGAUGAAGAGCAAAGCGAUAUUGAAGAGGUUACUGAACAAGUGGUUGAAGAUUUAGUUAUAUCUGAUAAAGAGGAAACUGAGUAA